AUGAAUUGUGAUUUGGUUGGAAAACCUAGAUACCUCUUUAAAGAACAAGAAGAACAAAUGCUGGGUCGAGAAACCCCGCCAUCCACUAAACACUCUCUUAAAUUCAGUGUAGAUUUGCCUUCUCCACAAAAUGCUCCCUCUGAAAAUAUCAGCCCUAUUAAAAGCUUGAACCCUUUCCAAAAUAAUUGGACAAUAAAAGGGCGAGUCACAAAUAAGAGGAAAAUGCAUCAAUAUAAUACGGCAAAACACAAUGGCCAAGUUUUUAGUUUUGAUAUUAUAGACGAAGAGGGCUGUGAAAUUAGAAUUACUUCCUUUGAUGAAAUAGCAGAAUUGCACUAUCACCGAGUUGAACAAGGAGCUGCAUAUGUUGUUUCCAAAGGUUCUGUAAAAGACGCAAACAUAGUAUACAAUAAGCUUAACAACCACCUUGAGAUUGUCUUGACUGAAACCUCAGUUUUGAAGCGAUGUGCCCCUGAUUUUGCUGAGCCAAGUAAAAAAACCCACUUCACCCCUAUUAAUGAAGUUCUCACCACCACCAACAAUACUUUGGUUGAUGUUAUUGGUGCUGUUGUCAAUGUCAGAGAAAUUUCUAUAAUUCGUAGAAAGGAUGGAUCUAUUGUAAACAAGAGAAUAGUAAAAUUAAAUGAUAUGUCAACUUUGACAAUUGAUGUUAACCUUUGGGGGCCGCCAUCAGAACAACUAGGCAAUGACUUGAAGAAUAUGCAUGCAUCUGGAACAUUUGUCAUCCUUGCUGUUCAAAAUGCAAGGUUUGGGUAUUUCAAUGGGAAAGUUAUUAAUAUUUCAGCGUCAACAACUUUCAAAAUUAACCCUUCCAUUCCUGAAGUAGACCCCCUCCAUUUAAGAGGCCCUGUACAACAAUUCCUUGAUUCACACUCUUUGGAUGUGCAUGCCAAAAAUAACCAAUACAAGAGAAUGUCCAUUGCAUCCAUUCUUGAACGCCUUAGCGUUGUGCCUGAAACCAUUGAGACUACUAUUACAGCUGUCCUGCGAUUCAUAAAGGGUGAACAAUUUUAUUAUACAACUUGCCCAUUACAAUUCAACGGUCUGUGUUGGGAGCGGCGGCCAUGGAAGGGCACGAAGGUUCGAUUUGCAUGGGGCCGAGGCGCUCAUGAUGGCAGAGGCCGAGCGGCUGCAAAGGGAAGGGGAGCCGAGUGGCGACCACUACGGUACCCUGCAGGGAGCGGCCGCCGUCCACUAACAGUGGCGGCUAUCGCCCACUGCGGGUUACCACAGUGGCGGUCACUGCCGCUAGGGGUCGCCGCAGUGGCGGGCUUCGCCCUACCCACUGCGGACGACCCACAGCGAGCGACGUCCUCUCACUAUGGCGCCCGCAAGGGGUAA